UAGCAUCAUGGGCAUGUAUGGUUUGUACCAUAGUACAGCCAAAAUGUUCAACUCGAAUCUCUCCAAGAUGAAGAAGACCAAAGCAAAGCCAGAACAGAUGUAUUUGAGUGAUGAGAAAGGCAACACAAUCCUCUUUGGUUUUGCUCGAGUUUCAUUCAGAUGAAACAACAAAAGAUUCUGGGACUAUCCUAAUAAGCACCUAGACACAAAAGUAAAGCAAGAAAUUUUUCGAGUGAGAUCAAUACUCAGCACAGCAAAGGUUUUACAAUGUUUGUUUUGAGCCUCCGUGGGCCGCAAGCUAUUGGCUCUUUAACCACCAUAAAGCUAGAUUUCACAUGUUGUGUCGUUUCUUAAAUUGGAGACAACACCGCAUGUCGUUUAUAUUUGGUGGAAGGAUUCGCCGUGCCGUUGGACUAAGGCUAAACUGCGUAAGGACUAAGGACGCACUUGAUUAAUCUCAUCAUAGCAUUAUUAAGAAAAUUUGUUUUAAAAUUGCACCUGCUUGACUUUAAUGCAAAUGAAUUUGAUUAGAUUUAAAAAUAUUGAUUAUCAAAAAUUAAAUUUUCGCAUACACUAGUGUAUGUUUAGUACUAUAUUUUGAGUCUCUGCGAACUGUUGACUUAGUUUGAAAAAAGCUUGAAUCACAAGUUUUAAAAAUUUUAUCGAGUCAUGGUUUCUAUGUAGGAGUCAUGGAUUAGGAUUAGACAGAAUAUUUAUGAGUCAUCUAAAUAUAUGUUACCUAAUGAGAGUAGUAAUUAUCUUAACUUGUAUAUAAGAAAAUGUCAAAUUGUGAUAAAACUUUUUAGAGAUUGUUUAGAGAGAAUCUUAGUUUUGAAUUAUUCUCUAACGUUGAAAACUUUAUACCUUCUCGUCACACCAAAUCCAAACCAAUGGGCAAAAUAUUUAUUGAAAUCAGUUUGAUAUCAGCACGACAACUUCUUGUUGGAUCCGGAUUUGGAUCCUCACUACUGAAACACCAAUGGUUCGCUGUUGGAUGGAUCGAUCCAAAAGAUAAAUACUGCACCACAAUCGAUGAUUCAAGAUCAGACAACCCUCUUUGGAGAACAAAGUUCAUUUCUUCACUCGACGAUGAUGGUGAUUCCAAGAUUCAUGCCUUGCACGUAGAGGUUUAUAGCAGAGAGCCAAUCUUCUUAACGAAGAGGCUUCAUGGCUCUGCUACUGUUCCCUUGAAGGAGUUUCUUGCUAUGUAUAAGAACCAGAGUUCUUCUAGUUCUGUUUUUGAGGAAACCAGAAGCUAUCAGCUCAGGAAGCAGAACUCAAGUAAGCCUAAAGGACUUGUUGAUGUGUCGGUCCGUGUAUCUGCUGAAAGACAAGACUUUGGAGGUUUUACUGGAGAUUUUGGAGGAGUCAUGCUCUCUAACAACUCAAGUUACAUGUCCGGUUCAUCACAGCAUCCAUUUGCCUCAUUGAACCAGCCUAACAAUCCAAACUCAUUCUCAGCCCCGCCAAAUAACCACCACUCACCAAUGCCUAAUUUUCUAACGAGCAAUGCUUGCCCACAAAUGCAACAACCUUACUAUCCUCCUCCACCGAUGCAGCAACCUUACUAUCCUCCUCCUCCACCAAUGGAGCAACCUUACUAUCCUUCUCCUCCACCGAUGCAGCAACCUUACUACCCUCCUCCACCUAUGCAACAACCUUACGAUCCAUCUGCACCAAUGCAGCCACCACCACCACCAGCAGGCUACAUGCCUUCAUACAUGUCGAGGUUGGAGAACGCUGUGAACGUUCCAUCAUCCUCAUCAUCUGGAGGAGCAGGAAGAGGAGCAAGGCCUGGACCAGGACUGGGAGCUGGUGCAGCUUUUUAUGGCAAGGACUAUAUCUCAGGAGCAGAGCCGGACGGGAAGUUUUCGGGGCCCUAUACAAAAUAAAAAAAAAUUACUGAUGAAUUAUUUAUUAUUGAUUUAUAAAUUUUGCAAGUUUCUUUUAAAACAAUUAGUAUAAAAUUGAUUCAAAUAUCAAUUAUACCAAUAUAAAGUUUAUCUAAUAUUUUAUAAUCAUUUCCAAAAACUAAAAUUUUAUAAAUUACAUUUUUACCUACUUUUUUAAUGAAUAUUUAUUUUAUAUACUAUUAUAUCAAAAUUUAUAUAUACAUAUACAGAUUUUUCUGUUUAAAGUGGGGCCUCAUAAAAUGGGGUCCUCAUUCAAAUGUUUCAAAUAAAUAUGUCCAAGCCUGGCUCUGGUCAGGAGGAUUCGACUUAUCUCUCCCAAAUAUUUCUAUCUCAAAUGGCUCCAUUUCCAUUGAUACUCCAUUGGGUCACACUCUUGAGUUGUAAAAUGGCAACAAGGCUUGUGAGAUUAUCUGAAAAAUUAUAAGACUAUAUAUGUAUUUGAUAUGAUAAGAGGUCCCAUUUGGUUUCUUAGGGAAUUUGAUCGAACUGUUAUUACUUUCUAUAUGGUGUUGUUAGAAUAUUUACAUAACAUGAUGUUUAUUAGCAAAUUAAUGGGUAUGAAUCUUGACAUGUAGCUCUACGUACAUAGUCCCUAGCAAUAAUAAUGUAGGUCCUACACCAUUUUCAUGUAAAAAAAAAGUUUUCGAUAAUAACCAAUGAAAAUUAAUUUAGCAAAAAAAAACCAAUGAAAAUUAAAUAGGAGAGGACUGAGGCCUUUGAUGUCAGGAAACGCCCAGAAGAAAAUCUUAGGCUUAUGUCUUACCUUAGAAGACAGAAACAUAUGGACCUGAAAAAAGUUAUAAGUCAUGCCAUAGAUCCAAAAACCGAAUUUAUAUUCAACUAGUAUAGGGUCUUUUCAAAAUUUGCAUUUUCGAAAAGUACUACACUUGUAUAUCAACGGAGGUUAUAAAAUGACCCGUAUACGAUAGAUUAAGAAGAUUAAUUUAUCUUAUAAAAAUUAUAUACAUAAGUUAAUGUUUUCAACCAUUCCAAAAACUAAAUCGAGCUUAUAUACCACCAAAGAAAAACCUCUAAGGUAGAUAAAGUAAUAUAUGUAGUAUUGUAUUGAUCUUUAUGAAAAUGAGAUUAGGUACAUUGAUAUUUCACGAUCAAUGUUCAAGAAAUGACUAUGAAGUUGUUAGGCGUCUUAUAGAGGACCAAUGAUUAUACGGACGCAUAUACCGAUUUUUUUGAACUCUUUUGAAAAAAUAUUUAAUUCAAACCCAAUUUGCUGACUGGGGGGAUUCUACCUAUACACAGACUAAACCGAUUUUAGAACAUUGUUCACAGUACAAUAAUUUCAACAGUAACAGUAAUGGUAUUAUCCUUAUAAAUUAAUAAUCAUUUUGUAGAUUAUAAGUGCAAUAGAUUUGUUGAGCUUUUAUAAAUGUACUUUUUGAAACAUGUUAAGGUAUCAUAUAUUUGUAAUAAUUAAUUAGCAAAACCAUUUUGCAUUUUUUUUAUCAUGCAUGUAUUCUUUUUUGACAUUCCCAUUUCUCAAAAGAAAAACACGUAAAAAGAUGAUACAUUUUGUCCGUAACCACGGGCCUCAACUCAAAUUUAUUCUAAAAACCCUAAAUUCAGACAUAUUGUUUAUUUGUUUCUUUCCUUCGACCAAAUGAUACUAUGAUGCCCUUUCUCUUAAAGGUAUUGGUUAGUUGGAGCUCACGUGAUGCUGGAUUAUCUGUAUUAUUAGUUGUAGACCCUGCAUGAACCACUUGCUGCGUUUCCAUAUCUGUAUUAUUGUAGGAGAAAUUUACUCUCAGAGACACAUUCCAAGUUAUGAAUUACUCUCAUAGACACUUUGGCCCAAGUAGACACUUUCUCUUAAUAAAUUGUCAUAACUACCCCUUAUCUAUGUAAAGAGUAACUAUUGGAUAAGUGUUUAACUAGAUCGUAAAACCAAGAAACUAAACCAACCGAUUUUCUCAUUUUCAUUAUAACGAUUAGAAAACUAGUGAGAAAAAUAAAAAAUUUCGAAAUAUAAUGAAAUCUUUUUCACUUUUGUAAGACAGAUCCCCUUUUCAAAAUCGAUUACCCCCAAACAUGAACCCUAAUUUUAGCUCUUCACCAACUUCUACUAAAACCACAGAUCGAUCCGAAUCCUAAUCCACUUUUUCAAAUUCGACAUCUCCAUCACUUUGCUUUAUGUCUCCACCUCUAGCUUUUGUUCGAUCUGAAACUGGUCCGCCAACUCUUCAUACUCGACCAUUGGUAAGUCACACCAUGAAUUCAGAAACUCCAAUCCAUUCUCAAUUAUGACUCUCUGUUCCUAAUUUCAUAGAUAUAUCUAACAGAUUCAUAUAUGGUAAGUUAAUUUCUUGUCUGAUUUUUUAUCUUGGUUCAUGAGAGUAAAAACAGUGGUGGAGGUGGCUACUCGAGAGGAGGAGGUGGUGGUGGAUGCCGUUGUGGUGGAUGUGGAUACAGAAGUGGAAGACGUGAGGAUGAAGAGCUGGUGGUGAUUAUGGAUGUCGUGAUGGUGGAUGCUAUGGUGGUGGAUGUUGAUACGGAGGUGGAAGACGUGAGGAGGAGGAUGUGGUGGUGGAUGCCGUGGCUGUGGAUGCUGUUGUGGUGGAUGUGGAUACGAAGGUGGAAGAUGCGAGGAGGAGGAAGUGGUGGUGGAUGCCGUAUUGGUGGAUGCCGUGUUGGUGGAUGUUGUGGUGGUGGAUGUGAAUAUGAGGUGGAAGACAUAAGGAGGAGAAGGUGGUGGUAGAUACGGUGUCCACAGAAAAUUUUGUAACAUUUUCACAUCCACAUAAACUGUGUCUAGAGAAGUGUGUUUGACCACUGAAUUGUGUCCAUAGAAAAGCUUAAUCGUUGUUUCAUGAUAUUGAUGAAUGAUGAAUGAUUUUAUAAAAAAAUUUUACUAGAUGACGAAUUAGAUCCAUAAUUUAUUGAUUCACAAAAAAAUUUCUUCUUUAUUCAAUUUACAAAUAUCUAAAUCGAGUAUACAAGAAGUUAAUAAACAAUUCUCAUUUUCUUCUUAGACAGACAAAGAAGGCAAUUAUUUUCUAUAACAUUCGAUAAAAUCAUGUUAUCAAAGCUUCUCUUGUCUACCAAUUUGUUUGUCCACGUAUAUAGUGUCCACGAAUUGUCUACGAGAAACCUUGUCCAUGAGAAUUCAUCUACAAAAACUCGUCCACAAAUCAACACAUCUCCGGAUCGUUGGAUCUGCUUUUUUUCAAGAUGAUCUGACGUUCACGAUAUAUUCUCAUAAACUCAUAUAUCUAACUUUUUGUUUUAUUGCUUUAUCUUUUAUUGCAAUUACAAGGUAACUGGUUCUUUUUCUCUUUAGUAAUAACCAAGGUUAUUUCCGUCUCAAUAAAAACAGCUGGCAGGAAAAAGUGUGUCAAAGUUGCUUUGUGUCUUAUAGAGUAAACAAAACUCAGAAUGUGUCUUUUUACGUAAGUCUCACUUAUUGUAGACACUGAUGAACCACAUAAUUACCUUUGAAAAUAAUAUUAAAAUAACAACUCGAGAUAGUGCACGAGGUCUAUAUUUUAAUCACAUGCGAGUUUUAAACGAUGUACUUCCAAACAUAAAUUUAUUCUAUUGUCGAGUUAUUCAUCAUGAUGUUACAAAUCGAUUUCUAAUUACCUUUGUUUUUGUUUUGGCAUGACCGGUCUAUAAAAACUAGUUCAGAAUAUGCAUUUUAUAGGAUUUAGGCGUAACCCGAUUAGGUCUUUGUGUGGUUGUGAGCCAAUAAUUGACACCAAAAAGUCGGAAGCCAAUUAUUGACCCAAAAUAAGUCGCAAGCCAAUUAUUAACCCCGAAAUAAAGUUGUGAGCCUAUUAAAACAACUGUCGGGUAUGUAAAAGACAUUUUACUUGACCAGCACACGUUCAUAUUUUGAUAGGACUGGCUAGCUGGAUUGACCCUUCCAUAUUUUGCUAACACUUUAUAUUAACCAUUGAGUGAUUUACACUCAGGACGGUGAGUGAUUUAAGCAAAGGACGGUGUGAAGUCUUUAAAAAGGACGAUGUGAAGUUGUUAAGCAUUCUAUGCUCCAUCUCCAGUCAUCGGGAAAAUACAAAUUAACAAGUACAAAAGUUACUUAUUUUACAAAAUACGAAUAAGGCAAGAAAACAGUUCUCUCCCCAUAUUGUGUCAUUUCAAUUCCCAAAAACAAGAGUACACGUCUUUAAGAAAAAUGAAAAAAAAAACCAUCGUAAUUGUAUCUAUAACUUAGGGGUGUAUAUAUCUUUGGAAGAAAGCUUGUAAAUAUGACUAUAUAUUCUUUGAACACAACACUAGCUAGUGAGUAUUGAUAGGUUGUUUCACAUAAAAUUCUAAAUCAUACGGUUAAUUAAGUUACAUACUUAUGUUCCUUAGUUAAAUUCUCACAGCUAGAGAGGUAAAUGCAAAUCCAUCCUAUUCAAUUAAAUGUCAGUUUUGCACUAGUGAUCGACGUGUCUAAAAUGCAAAUAUAUUAUGAUAUAUUAUGACAUGAGAAAACUGAAACAUGUAGAGAAAGAAGGAGCUCCCUUCAGUCCAAACACAGAUAAAGAAGGAUGAAAAACAUCUCCCGCAUCAUUCACACAGUCACUGUGGCCUAAAAUUUCUUGUCUUUUUUACCACCAGUGUUUGGAUGGAUGAGUCGGCAGAUAUUUCUACUCUCUUCUUGUUCUAUCCAUGAUUGGACUGAAAGAAUCUCCUUCUAUAUCUAUCUUGAUAUAGUUCCCUACAUACACUUGAAGCACUAAAGGCAAGAUUUAUAUAAAAGCAACUUUGGGUUCAAUUGAUUGUACGAAGAACAAAUAAGGCAUAGUUUCAAACACAUGCACUUUUAUUUUGUUUAUAGCUAUCCCGCGAUAAAAAAGACAUGUGACCAAGACAUCUGCCUAUGUACUUAUAAUUGAACAUUUGGUUUGAAAUGGUAUUUGCAUGUAUUUAUAAAUGCAGAGAAUGCCAACUAUGAUAUAAGUAUAUACAAAUAUUUGUAAAUGGGAAUCAACUUACAAGGUUUGGAUGCUGAGAUUUAUGUUUGAAACUUCACAGGAAGCAAGAAGUCUUACUGUACAAGAAAGACUACUGAUGGGUCUUGUCAAGAAGAGGCUGCCAAGAGAGGACAGGGGACGAACAGCUCAUCAAACAUUGAAAUCAUAAACAUAUUUUUAAUGCUUUUUCUGUUAAAAAAAUUAUAUUGUUUUGUGAAUGAUGUAAGCUCUGUGCAUAUGAACAGUCCUCAUAUUAAUAACAAGUUAACAACAUUAAUAAUAACCACUUGAGUAAAUAUAUGCAUUGGCAAACGACAGGUCUCCAAAACAUGUGCGAAAAGAUUCCACCAUACAUUGCAGAGCAUAAUAACAUAAAACAAGAAAAUAUACAGAAAGACAACAUAAUUUUUUGCCUUAAAAACAUAAUUUUGUUUGACCAUUUGGUAAUUAUAAGCCAAGGUUAUUCAAUUUUCUCAUGAGAUCCUCAGUUUCUGGAGAGUUUUGUGCAAGAGAUCAGGGUCCAAAAUCAUAGAGAAGUUGCUGUUUUCAAAUACAGUUACACAAUAAAAAAUCUAUAAGGAUUUAGAAAAAGGUUUCUUCAUCAAUCAUGCAUAAUAUGUGUCCUUAAUGACAUUAUUCUUGAAUCAUGAUUUAGACAAGGUGAAAAAACCUAAACACAGAAAUGAAAAGACUAAACUUUUAUUUUCUUGUGGGCUAUGUAUAAGAAAUAUAUAUUGGAUCUAAAGUAAGUUGGGAUCUAAGGUAAGUCGUAGAUUUAGUAGAAGAUCCUAAGAUGAAGUCAAGAAAACCCUAAAACCGGAUUUAAAAAAAGUCAAAGAGAUCGAUCUCAAGCAAAUAAAAACUAAUGGUAGAUGUGAUGAUAAGAAAACACUUACAAUAUAUGGAUCUUGAGAUUCCAUGACCAGCUCAGAUUUUUGGAGCUGUCUGAAAACCCUAACUUGCUCUCUAUUAAUGACGAACAAUAACUUAUAUAAAAAGGAGAAGUGUGGAUAUAACUACACUAGUACCUAGCUAGGUUUUAGCAAGUAGUGGUUCAAAGAAGUAACAAACAAAAGAGAUGGUGAUAAUGAUGAUAAAUGAUGAAUGAUGGUGGUGACGUUGGGUCAAUGAGAGUCAGGGAAAGCUACCUGUUUCUUCAUCUCUCACCAUAUCUCACAUACAUGAUAAUGUAUGAUAUUAUGAUAUAUAAAGGAAGAUGGCGACUUGUAUAAUUUUGUGUUAUUUUUCAGGUUUUUGCCGAUUGAUUUUUGAUGGGAGAGAGCUAAUAAAAGGUUCAUCAGCCAGCUUUUUAAGGUUCUUUAGUUUUAUAUUGGAUCAUAUUUAAUGAGCGGUGGAAGAACUUGAGAAUUAAGAUAAUGUUUUUUAGUACCUAUAGUCUUUUUUAUUCGAUUUCUUAUUCAUUUUAAGCUUAGAUUAACGAGUAGACCAGAGAUGAAACAUGAGUAGCUAGAAAUCAUAUUAUUGUACACUUAGGAAUCAGGAUGAUUAGUGUAUCUAUUAUAUGACUGGUCCCCAAAAAUAAUGCUACCGUUGUCUUUAUGCAUUCAAGAAUCUCGCAACCUCGUGAACACACAUUUCUCCCAAAAAAAAAAGACAUUUCUCCAAGUGAAAAAUAUAUAAACACCCCAAGUAUUAAAUACUUUCAAAUUUAGUCAAAAAGUGUAUUAAAUACUGAAUAUGUUUUGGAAGCAUUCAAAACUCAAAAGUUUUCAUUAGUGUGGAGUCAUUUAUUUCUUGCAUAUUAAACAUAAAAUACUAAAAAAUACUCUGAUUCUUGAAAAUACAGAUUAUGUAAUAUUUUAAUACAUAUAUAUACAUGUAACCUUCUAUUUACUAUAUAUUAAUAUAUUUUUAAAAUUUAUUUUUAAUAAGCCAUAUAUGAAAAGCACAUCUUAAGCAGAUCCAUAUAUUCUAACUUAUAAAUUCAAAAUUUUAGAAUCCCAAAUAUUUUACUGAGUCCUAAUUAUACUUGAGAAACUGCAAAUUAUAUUAUCAAGAGCUAAUCAAGUUAUUUACAAAAUAGUCAUGUUUUUUAUGAUUGAUAAAUGAUGACUAAUAAUUAAUAGUAACAUUUCAUAUACAUUCUUUUUGUAGUGAAUCUUCGUAAUCUGUUCAUUCAUAGCGCUUAUGCCAUAAGAAAGAUAAUGCAACUGGUCGAUGGCAUGAUACUACAAACAAACUUUAUACGACCUCUCAUAAAGUCACAUAUCAACCAUAUGGUUGUGUAAAGAUUCACAUAUUAUUGUUAUUUAUAAGAUUCGUGAUCGUCACAUAUACUUAGGUAAAAAAGUAAAGCAGCAUACAAAGUUUCAUGGUCUCAGUGAACCAAAAAGAUAUAAAUGGGUGUGUGAUUCAUACAAGAUUGAUCCCAACUCAGAUAUAAAAAAGAUUACGUCAAGUCCUCCUUCCUCUCGGAGCAGGACAACCAUUGUCUGAGUUUAAACAACCACAAGAAGAGCUUUAAAAUGACGAAUUUACCCCUGCCAAUCUGUCAUCUGACCGACCAGAGAGUAGCAGUGGCCAGUGGGCAUGGAGUUUUGAACUUUCUUACACUGUGGGUCCUUUGUGUUGUGCUUGUUUCUUCAUUCAAGAAGACGCGGUAAGUAAAAAAAAAGGGUCCUCCACCCGACCCGACACGAAUCAACCCGGGUUCUAUAGGUCUAUUAUGUCUAGCCUAGGACUGAGUGUAGCAGAUUAGAGAUGUUAUUAGUUGGUCAUAUAAAUUUGGUGAAUGGGAAGGAAUAAUAGGACUGUGAUAAGCUUCCAAGAAGUUUAGCCGCUCAGCUAUUAGCUAUAAGUCUACUAUAUAUCUAUCUUUAGGACUUAAUGUGGCACAUUAGAGCAUGUUGUGAGUUGAUUAGAGCGUAGUUUAGCAACUGGUGAGUCUCUCAUUUAUCGAUCUUGUGGUUUGUUUCCUCAUUAUGACAUGAAGCUUUUGGUGGUGCACAUUCCACCAAAAGUCAUUCAGUUUUGUAGUUCUUUCAGAAGUGUUUGCAGCAAGUGUGUUCCGAAAGAGUGAUGAAUGAAGGCUUCUUGGUCGGUGGUUUGGUCUGCAAGUUUUAACGCCCCAUGCGAAGGGGCUUCAGGUCUUGCUCAUUUGACAAGUAUAAAAGUUUCCGAGCUCUUAAGCUCAGCAAUCUAAAUCAUUAUCACAGCUCUCCUUAUGUUCAUAUUGAAAUAACAACAUACAAUUAAAAGCAAAAUGGGUUCUCUUUUCUGAUUAAUUUGGGAGUGUAUGAAAUUUUCUUGUGUUAUAACAUUUGAGAAGAC